CCCAAAUUAUGUCGCAUGUCCACCUAAAACCUGCGCCAACAACAACCAAAGUAUAAGCUAUCCCUUUUACAUCGAAGGAACACAAGAACCUUUUUGUGGGAACCCUGGUUUUGCCAUCUCUUGUGGCCCAAAUGGUUUUCCAAUCCUCAAUCUGUCUAUACCCAUUACAUCAUUCAUCAGAUAUUUACGAAAAUCAGACCCUUCGAGUGUCCAAUGCUGCGUUUUCAGUUUCACGGUCAAACACCACCAAUUCCAAAGGUUGUCUUCCUGUUCCUCUUACUCAUAAUCUCACUCUUCCUAGUACCCCCGAGUUCGAUAUUGCUCCGAAUCAAUCAAACAUGAGAUUGUUCUACGGCUGUGAGUCAUUAUUACCUUGGCCGGAAGAGCACAGAGUUGGGUGUUCUAACGAAACGAGUUCAGUUCUGGCAUUCUAUAAAGAGGAUAAAAAUAUAAGCUUGGUGUCAAAGAAUUGCAGGGGCGAGGUUGUGGAUACGAUAGUGGAAGAUGGAAUAAUUGAAGGAGGGGUUGAAGAAGCGUUGAGAAAAGGGUUGUUGCUGACGUGGAAGGCCGGUAACUGCAGCGACUGCCACAGCAGUGGAGGGAGGUGCGGCUUCGAUUCAAUUAUGUACACUUUCAGGUGCUUCUGCACUGACAGAGUUCAUUCUGCCAAAUGUGAUCCUGAUAAUGGUCCAGUUAUAAAAAAAGGGUCGAGUUUGAAACUGGUUAUAGGUAUUGGAAUCCCAAGCAUGUUGGCAAUUGGGUUGCUGUUUCUCUUUCUACUCUACAAACGAAAAUAUGCUACCUCAGGCGGACAAUUGGAGUCAAGAGAUUCUUAUUCUGAUUCCUCCUCAAAUCCUCAUCGAGAAAGUAGUAGCGAGUACUUUGGAGUUCCACUCUUCUUGUAUGAGCAGCUUAAAGAAGCAACAAAUAAUUUCGACCAUACUAAAGAACUUGGUGAUGGAGGCUUCGGUACUGUCUACCAUGGGAAACUCCCAGAUGGACGUGAAGUUGCCGUGAAGCGCUUAUACGAGCACAACUGGAAGCGAGUAGAACAGUUCAUGAACGAAGUCAAGAUCCUCACACGUUUGCGUCACAAAUAUCUUGUGUCACUCUAUGGCUGCACUUCACGGCACAGCCGUGAACUCCUGCUCGUGUAUGAAUACAUUUCAAAUGGCACUGUAGCAUGUCAUCUCCAUGGAGAAUUAGCGAAGCCUGGCUCGCUACCGUGGUCUAUACGAAUGAAAAUUGCCAUAGAGACUGCUAAUGCAUUGGCUUAUCUCCAUGCCUCUGACAUCAUUCACCGUGACGUGAAAACAAACAACAUUCUCCUUGACAACAACUUUUGUGUUAAGGUAGCCGAUUUUGGGCUUUCAAGAGACUUUCCCAACAAUGUCACACAUGUCUCCACAGCUCCACAAGGGUCCCCGGGUUACCUUGACCCUGAAUAUUACAAUUGUUAUCAGCUUACUAGUAAGAGUGAUGUGUAUAGUUUUGGAGUUGUGCUUAUUGAGCUAAUAUCAUCCAAGCCUGCAGUUGAUAUGAACAGGAGCAGGGAUGAGAUUAACUUGUCAAAUCUAGCCGUGAGGAAGAUUCAAGAAAGUGCAAUUAGUGAGCUGGUUGAUCCUUCUCUUGGUUUUGAUUCAGAUAAUGGGAUUAAGGGGAUGAUAGUUUCAGUGGCAGGGUUGGCUUUUCAGUGUUUGCAAAGGGAAAAGGACUUGAGACCUUCUAUGGAUGAAGUGUUGGAUGAACUGAGGAGAAUUGAGAGUGGGAAGGAUGAGGGAGAGGUUCAAGAUGAGGGUGAUGUUAAUGGUGCUGUAGUUUCACAUAGUUCUGCACAUUCACCACCACCAGCCUCACCUGAGUGGGAAGAAGUUAGAUUGUUGAGGAGUAUAAAGCCUACUUCCCCAAACACUGUCACUGAUAAAUGGGAAAGUAAAUGUACUACCCCUAAUAUCAGUGGUUAAUCAUUUGGUCUAUUAUUAAUUGUUGACAAUCCGUUUUUAGUUUUUACCAUAUCAACUUUCACCUCAUUAUUAGUUGAGUCCCAGUAUCAUGAUCGCCUCA